UUUAACGUAACUGUUGUCAUUGUUGUUUUAGAGCUUGCAGAAUGGCACAUCUGUUCGUUUUUCUUCUCACAGUUGCUUUUUUUGUCAAAGAAAGUUAUCAAGCAGGUUGCAUUUGCACCGCACAGUAUGACCCGGUAUGCGGAACAGAUGGCAGAACUUACUCGAAUCCUUCGUGUAUGAGCUGCACACCAAAUGUUCGGAUUGCUUGUCGAGGAAGAUGUCCUUGUUCACCAUGUAUCUGCACUGCUCAGUAUGAUCCUGUGUGCGGAACGGACGGGAAAACGUACUCUAAUACUUCAUGUAUGCGCUGCACGCCAGGUGUGAGAGUUGCCUGUAAAGGUGAGUGCCCCUGCCCACGGCCCUGUAACUGUAAGGGUAAGCCUAAGUCCCCCGUGUGUGGAGUAGACGGCAGGAAUUAUGAUCAUCCUUGCUGGGCACGGUGUCACAAUAUAGCAAAUAUUAAAAUUCAUACCAACAAUUACCUUGAGUACUUAUCCAGGAUGGUUGGUGGAAGUACUGUAGUAUUGGUGUGUGUGGUCCUGUUCUUGGUAGCCCCAAGAGAAGGGAUAGGAUGUCCAUGUCCUAAAAUUUGGGAUCCUGUGUGUGGCGCAGAUGGGUAUACUUACGGAAAUACUUGUUUCCUUCUAUGCGCUGGUGUCCCCAUAUAUUGUAGAGGAGAAUGUCCUUGCUACAGACGCCAAUAAACAAAACAGAGACAACACUUUACAGUAAUGUCACCCGUCACCUAAAAAUCAAGUAUAUAUUCUCUUAUAUCUGUAAAAG